UGUCAGAAUAGAGCAUAGGAGAGAUAGUAUAAAAACACAGGAAGGACAGUCUGUCAAAAAAAAGCACAGCUAAAGAGAAGUUUGUGGGUGAGUCGGAGCAUAAGACGAGCCGCCUUAUAGUUACACUGCUUAUUUGGUAGAUGAAGUGCUUCGAUCCAUCUGUAAGAAUGAACGUGCACUGCUUGGCUCUUCUGGUUUUGUCACUCUCAGCAACAAGUGUACAGGCCUUAUGCAGGGUAAAACUGAAGAAAAUGCCCUCCAUACGAGAAACCCUGAAGGAAAUGGGUGUCACCCCAGCGCAAGUGUUUUCUGAAAUGAUGCCAAAAUAUGAUGGACCGUCAUCCAAAAACGGCACAGCUCCAACACCUCUGAUCAACUACUUAGAUACUCAGUACUACGGUGAGAUUAGUAUCGGCUCACCACCUCAGAUGUUCAAUGUUGUUUUUGACACGGGUUCUGCCAACCUCUGGAUUCCUUCAUACAGCUGUUCUCCUUUAUACACAGCCUGCCUCACACACAACAGGUACGAUGCUUCCAAAUCCGUCACAUAUAUCUACAACGGCACGGGAUUCUCCAUCCAGUACACUUCUGGAUAUGUCCGGGGAUUUCUGAGCAAGGAUGUGGUUGUAGUGGGUGGUAUCCCAGUGAUGCAGGUUUUUGCAGAGGCCACAGCUCUUCCUGCGAUCCCGUUCAUCUUUGCCAAGUUUGAUGGAGUGUUAGGGAUGGGAUAUCCAGAUGUAGCCAUCGAUGGGAUUACACCUGUGUUUGAUCAGAUCAUGUCUCAACACGUUCUGAAGCAGAACGUCUUCUCUGUGUACUACAGCAGAGACCCAAAACAAAUCCCUGGUGGAGAACUGGUGCUGGGGGGCACAGACCCGAACUACCACACUGGAUCCUUCCACUAUAUGAAUACCAAAGAGAAAGGCAAGUGGGAGGUCGUUAUGAAGGGAGUGUCUGUGGGUGCAGAUAUGUUGUUUUGCAUGGAAGGCUGCAGUGCUGUGAUUGAUACAGGCUCCUCCUACAUCUCAGGCCCCGCCUCCUCCAUUUCAAUUCUGAUGAAAACAAUCGGUGCCGUUGAACUGGCAGAAGGAGGGUACACUGUAAACUGCAAUCUAGUCAAGUUGUUGCCCACUGUGGCUUUUCAUCUUGGUGGUGAGGAAUAUUCUCUCACAGAAGAGGACUAUAUUCUCUGGCAGUCUGAGUUUGGGGAGGACAUCUGCACUGUGACAUUCAAAGCGUUGGACGUGCCGCCCCCUAUUGGUCCCAUCUGGAUAUUGGGGGCAAACUUCAUAGCUCGAUACUAUACAGAGUUUGAUCGGGGAAAUAAUCGCAUUGGCUUUGCUCAGGCUAUCUGAGAAACAAUGGGUUUUCUAUUAUCCUAAAUUCAGAUGGCUAUUAUAUUGUUACAUAUACACAACAUAGGAUACUUGAUCUGUCACAAUAAUAGCAGGUAACUUAAGUUAAAGCUUCCUUUGUGAACAAUAGUCUACUUUAAGCAUAAUUAAUUCCAAAAGUACUUAUGGAAUUUUUUUGUUUUUACCAGAAUAUGCUUGUUUGUGAACGGAAUGUAACAUUUAAUUGGAUG